CUGCCUGCCUAAUCUCCUCCUCGACCAGCCCAAGCAACGGACAGGCCUGCAUUGACUUCCUGACGGAUCACAGUAACUUUGUAGCUCGAAGAACAACUUAAGGUCAUUUCUUAUCAUAAAUACUCGCAUCAGAUGCACAUAUAUCCGUCAGCCUAAACCUAAUGACCCAGCAAGAGCAGCAUGAAUUCAAGGAAUGUUUGGAGGAAGCCCUGUCCUGGAUGCAGGCCGUCCAGGAGAGGCUUAAACAAAAUGAUAACACCCAAGGGCCCAGAUCAGCGCUGGAGGUCAGGCUCAGAGAGACAGAGAAAAUCCAUAGCUCAGAGCCUGAUGGCCAUGUGAAGAUGGACAGGGUGCUUGUGGCUUCUGAAGCUCUGCUUCGAAAUGGAGAUGAAGAAAUGAAGAAUCAGACUCAUUCGAAACUCAAAGAUCUGAAAGCGCUCUGGGAGGAGACGUUAACCUACAUCAUUCACUGUCACAGUCGUAUCGAGUGGGUGUGGCUGCACUGGAGUGAAUACCUAAAGGCCCAUGAGGAGUUUGGGAUGUGGCUGGAGAAGAUGCACAGGGCUCUGGAGCCCCUGCUUGAGAUGCAGCUGGGUCUCCAAGAGAAGCUGUGGCAGGUGGAUCAUCUGCAGGUCCUUCACAGUGACAUCCAAGGCCAGGCCCUGUUUCUGGAGAGGCUCCUGGAUGAGGCUGCAGCCCUGUUCAACCGGACCGAGGACCCCAGUGUAAAUGAGCAGGCUCAGCAAGGUCUUCAAGAUGCCUACAACCACAUUCGAGACCGAGCACAGGAAAGGUUGGCAUUGGCAAAGAAAGUAGCAGAGGAGCACCAGCAAUACCAAAGUGGCUAUCAUAAAUUCCAAACCUGGCUGAUGUCUAAAACAGAAGAAGUCAGUCGUUUCAGUGACAUGGAGGAUACGACACAGAACAGGCUGAAAGCCCUACAGGAGCUGAAUGCUAGUAUAGCCCAAGAAGAACUCACUCUCCAGCACAUUGAAAGGUUGUCUGAGGCGGUGAAGGCCAACACGUCUCCAGCAGGUGCGGAGAAGAUCACAAAAGAGAUGGAGGAGUUAAGGCUGGCCUGGCAGAGGUUACGCCAAAUGCUGGUAGAGAUUCAAGAAGAGCUCCAGAGCUCACUGGACUCUGAGAGCGAGUAUUCAAACCGCUGUAAGGAGCUGUGGGCGGACCUGGGGCAGAUCAGAUCCCUGGUCCAGAACCUCAGCAGUGAGCUGGAGAGCAGGGAUGGAGAGAGGACUGAGGAACACUUGGUAGCUCAAUGGAAGGCGCACACGAGGGUGCGCAACAGGCUCACCGCAGAGGAGCCCAGGGUGGAACAGAUAAAAUCCCGGUUGAAAGAGCUAUUCCGAUUCCCACAAGAUUCUAAAAACCUGUCUGAUGAGGUGCUAGCAGUGGUAAAAGAGUACCAGAGUGUGAAAGGCAGAUCUUUCAGGCUGUCCUCUGAAAGCGAGACGACUCUCCAGCAGAUACUGCAGGACCCUCUGUAUGGCUUCAGCCAGUGGAGUCAGGUGGUUUCUCAGGUACUGGAGGCUUCCGCCGAGGUGACGGAAUUCUCCCAUAUCGCUCUGCUCGUGCAGAAUAUAGAGAAGUUACUUAAAAACAGCGUGCAACUCCAGGAGCGCUUGAGUUUGCUCCAGGUGAAGAGUGAUCUGCUCAGCUCUGUUUUUGGCCAAGAGAAAGCUGUUGAUCUGUUGGAAGAGCUCAGCGGGGAUAUGAGGAAGAGAGAGUUACUCCACAGCCAGCUCCAACAGCGCAAGAACCGCCUGCAGGGUUUGAUAUCAAAGACGAAGGACUUUUCCAAUGCCUAUGAAUCCAUACAUGAAAAACUGACCUUCAUAAAGGAACGGUUUGUCAAGACGGGUGAACUUCAACCUGACAUUCUAGCCAAGAAGAGCCAGGCCGAUCAACUCCGGGUCAUUAGAAAGGACUUGGACGAUUGUGAAGCCCAUAUCAUAGCUCUGGAGACGCUGGUGUCAUCCAACCCUGCAAACAGGACAAAGUUUGAGCGUCUGUAUGCCCACUGGAAUGUGCUUUAUAAGGACGUUCGGAUGAAGGUGAAUGAAAGUGAGAAGAGCAUUGCAGAACAUGAGAGUUUACAUGAAAAUAUUCUGAAUUUGGAGAAGUGGUUGAUGAUCAUGAGACAGAAGCUGGAGUCGUUUUGUGGAUCAGAUGGGGAAUGGAGCAUUGAUAACCGCCAGCAUGAGGCUGAGAGGGCGCUUGGAGAGUUUCCAGAGAAGGAACUUCAGCUUCAUCAGACGGAGGCUCAGGGUCAGACCGUGCUGGCCAAAACCUCGGAGAACGGCAAAGUUCACAUCGUUCAGGACCUUAAACGCCUUCGAGAGUCCUGGACGUCCCUCCACACGCUGAGUCUCAAUCUUAACAGGCUUCUAAAUGGACAUGCUGCCACAGGCGACCACGAUUCCCUAUCACAGAAAACUGAGUUCCUGCUGGACAGAUGGGCAGACGGGCAUCACCAGGGCACAGCUUUAGACUUCGAAGUGGAAAUUGCCACUGCUGACAAAGGACUGGAACGGCAUCAGAGAUUCCUGCACAGAUCUGAAUCAACAGAUCACCCAGAGCCAGAGAGGAACAUUGUGGUCUCUGAGGGCAUCGCAAGACCUGAACGUUCAGAGGUCAGGGGAAGAGAGAGGAGUUACCGAGACCAGUCCAUGGAUGAUGAGGUGGAUGCAGUCAUGUCUGGAAGUGACCGUACUGUGAACAGGAAGCAGAUAGGGAUAAAAGGCUCUUACGGAGAUGACUUGCUUAGGAGCGGUGGUCGGACUGGUGAAUGGGUUGAAGAACACAUAGCCAGUUCUGGGAUUGAAGACCUGGAUAUGGAAGGCAAAUACGGCUUUUCUGAUGAUGCACAGACAGUGAUGCGGCCGUCACAGAUCCCACCUGAUGAGACCAGUAUGGGCUCUCAGGGGCCCCAGCGUCAUGCUGAUCUGGAGGCCCAGAGGAGGGAGUUUGAAGCGUGGCUUCACAAGGAAAAUGACAAACUCACAGGAAUUCUGAACAACCAAAGAUCCCUGAGCGCUAAAGAACUGAGGAUAAGACAGAAUACACUCAAGGGUUUGCGUGCUGGUGUAGCCUGGGGUCAGAGUCAGUUCACAAAACUGAUGUCUGGUCAGCGGAGUAAGUCAGUGGAGGUGGACAUAGAGCUAGAAGAGCUGCGUUAUCACUGGAUGUUAUACAAAUCCAAACUUCAAGAGGCUGGCGACCUCAAAGGUCUGCUCAAACACAAGGGUGUCAGUGGACAAGAACAGAAGCUUGUCCGAGCUGGAAAGACAAACAGCAGUCUCGGAUUCUUGUACCGUGUGUGUCGCGUGGCUCUUCCUCUCCAGCUCCUGCUGUUGGCUCUUCUGCUGCUGGCCUUCCUGCUCCCCAUGAUGGACGAGGGCACUAGCUGUUCACUGUCCAACAACUUCGCCCGCUCCUUCAACAUCAUGCUCCGCUACGACGGACCUCCGCCCACUUAAGCGGUGACAGUCCAAAGCAGCUUUUUUAAAUGCGCCAAUCUGCUCUUGUGUUUAUGUAACAAAUACUUCUAUUUUUUAUCAAUGUUCUGUUAACAUUUUAAGUCAUUUUAUUUUUAGUUGGUGGAUGCAGCAGAUCAGAAACUGUGUUUGUGUGUGAGAGAAUGAAAGUGUGAGUGGGUGGAUGGCAUAGAUGCUCACAACCUGCUCAACAUGAUUCAAGCUGUUCAUUUCUCUACAGGCUUUAGAGAAACCAAUGCAGCCUUUACAAAGAGCAAAACUCCCUUAAAGACAUCUACUCAGGAGCCAUCGCAAAUUUAUUGUGUUUUUAUGUACGUUGUAUGUUAUUGCUAGUUUCUAAAUGUUAAAGGGAUAGUUUGCACAAAAAAAAAAAGAAAAUUCUGUCAUCAUAUACUCACCCUCAUGUCCAAACCUGUUUGACUUCCUUUCUUUUGAGAG